AUGGAAGAAUCACAUGCUAUGAUCGGUGGAGAUGGCCGAUACAGCUACGCCAAAAAUUCUAAUCUGCAGAAAGUGGCAGCCGAUGAUGUCAAACCCCUGAUAGCCGGAGCGAUUGCUGAAAAUCUCGACAUUCAACGUGUCCGUCCUAUUCCAGACAUAUUCGGGGUUGCCGAUUUAGGCUGUUCUGUUGGACCUAAUACAUAUUUUGCUGUGAAAAACAUCAUAGAAGCUGUGGUACAAAAGUACAAAAGCGAAGGCUGUCAUGAUUCUAACCUCCCAGAAUUUCAAGUCUUCUUCAAUGACCAUGUUUCCAAUGAUUUCAACACUCUCUUUGCCAAUCUUCCCGUCGAGAGGCAAUACUUCGCCGCGGGAGUUCCGGGAUCUUUCUACCAUAGAUUAUUUCCAAAAGCAUCUCUAAAUUUUGUAUACUCUGCAUAUGCACUCCAUUGGCUUUCUAAGGCACCACCGGAGAUUGGGGACUUGGAUUCAGCUUCAUGUAAUAAGGGAAGGUUAUAUUAUCGAAAUGCACCGAAUGAAGUUGGUCAGGCUUAUUCAGCUCAGUUUGCUAAAGACAUGGAGUCUUUUCUAAGUGCUCGAGCAGAAGAACUUGCUCCUGGAGGAUUAAUGAUGAUCUUAAUGUCCGGACGUAAGGAGGGGACUCUUCCAAUACAAUCGUCACUUGGCCCCCAGUACCAGCCCUUGGAAUCAACUCUUCUAGAUCUGGUCAACGAGGGAAUAAUAAGCAAAGAUAAAAUGGACUCUUUCAACAUGCCAAUCUACGCGCCAUCAACGGUGGAGAUACAGACUAUAGUAUUCGAAAAUGGAUGUUUUGACAUUGUGAGAUUGCUUGCUCGAAACCACAACUUCAGCCGUAUGCCUACUGCACAAGAGUGCAGAGCUGGGUUUGAAGUCAUUUUCAGCAAACAUUUUGGAAGCAAAAACAUGGAUCAACUUUUUGAUCGAUUUUCCAAGAAAAUUGCUGGAAUGCCCCCUCUCAGUGGUGACGAUUUGAUUAGAUAUAGUUUGAACAUCAUUCUCAAGCGUAAGCCCUGA